UCACACUGAACAGCUGUUCGCUGCUCGCUUGCGUCGUUUACAACAAAUUGCAGCUAUAGCAUCUGAAUCUUCCAAAUCGGGGAUCCGAAAAUGGAGUCGCCCACCUCGCACCUGGUGGCCAAAGAUUUCCAGGUGACUGGAGUUUCGCGCAGUGGACGCGUACGCAAAAAGUCAUCAAAACUGUUGGAUUUUGAAUCGCCGGAGGAAAUUGAAAAGCGAACAAGGCGCCAAAGUGGCGGAAGACAACCAUCAAGGUAUGCCGGCCGCGGACGUCCAUCAAAUGCUCUGCGGGAUCUGGAACUCGACCAGGAGAUGCUUUUCGAUGAGCCGAACAUCUCGGAUGGCGAGGACUUCCAACCGGAAACGACAACGGCUGUGGCCAUCCUGAAUUCGGAUGAUGAGCUGGACAACCUAGUACAGGAUCUUGUGGACGGCGUCCAGGCGGAGGCCACCAACCAGGAGUCACCCGUCAGGCAAAGUCUCUACAUGCGCGAGAAGGCCACCAAGCGAAAGAUUUUAAAGGACGGCAAGGUGUUGAGUGCCAAGGUGCAACGCAAGGACAAGGGAAGGCAGCGGUAUACCGCGUAUAGCUUGUGGGCCAGGGAGGCACGCAAAAAGGAACUCCAGGAUCUUGACUUCACCAGCGCUACCAGACGACUCAGCGAGCUGUGGGCGAAUGUGUCCAACCGGGACAAGAACGCCUGGCGGCGCAAGGCCAAGAUCCAGGCGUCCAGGGCCCGAUCCCGCGAAAGGACCGCUCCUAAUGGAACAGCACAAGCGGUGAGCAAUGGCAGCGCGCCCAUAGCAGAUGCGCCGCAGCACGAGUCGAGCUUCCAGAACCGGGCGACGACGAGUCGCACUCGCAAACUGGCCGCCGACCGUCAGCAAUCCUCCCUGGACGCGGCAGCGGCGGCGGCGGCAGCAGCGGCGACCACCUCCUCCUCCACCCCAAAACGCAGCAUAAGCACACGAAGUGCCAGGACACUGGCAUCCACAAGUACGGCGAAACAACUAUCGCCGUCGGAGGCGGAUGUGGGCGCUCGGACUGGCGGUCAGCAGAAGCAGGAGGAACAUCACAAGACCAGCAUCGAAGUGAUCGAUGCGGCGGCGCACCUGAAACUCCUGGGCGAAAGCCUCACGGUGAUCGGCGAGCGUCUCAAAAAGCACAACGGACAUGUGGCUCUCUCGGGAAGCCUGUCCGUACUCCUCGACAGCUUGCUCUGCGCCAUGGGACCUCUGCUCUGCAUGACCACACAGAUUCCGGGACUGGAGAACAAAGUGCAGCUAAGCAAAAACCUAGCCGACACACUAGAUAAUAUCGCCUACGUAAUGCCGGGACUUUAAAUGAUAUUUCGGGAUAUUUAUAGUCUAAGGCACCACAGAAAUCACCAGAAAAAGAUGCCACGAAGAGUGAGUGAAAGGGUUUCUAAUACAAAGAGAUAACCCUUUCUAAGUGAUGUCCAAACUCUGGACGUUUUUGUAGAACCCCCGAUCAAACAGAACAUAUGUAUAACCAUACCAGGCAGCUGAGCUUCCAACGCGGGGCUAACAUCCCUUUAAAGGUCCGCACCUCGUUCGAGCGCAAUAUAUCCGAAGUGUAACAGAAACCUUGGCCAACCCAAAUUCCAAUUGAAAAUUGUAAGAGGUUUUUGGCACAUCGGUCUUGUAAGAUAAGAACAACUAGCCGUCAAGCAGAAAACAAUUUAUCUAUAAAUUAUCCUUAGUUAUAAGCUGAAGCAUCUCGAUCUUUAAUAAGUAAAACUAUCUAUGCCAGAUCUGAAGGUCUCCCUCAUAA